AUGUCAUCGGUGCUGUUAAGUGGUACCAUUACUACAACUACUACAACUGUUACUACUACUAUUACAAUUACUACAAUAACAACUAUUACUGCUACUACUACCACUACAACAACAAUAAUAACAACAACUACUGCUACUAGUACUACUACUACUACUACAAUAACAACAACAACAACUACUACUACUACAAUAACAACAACAACAACUACUACUACUGCUACAAUAACAACAACAACAACUACUACUACUACAAUAAUAACAACAACAACAACUACUACUACUACAAUAACAACAACAACCACUACUACUACUACUAUUACUACAAUAACAACAACUACUACCAUUAUGAUAACGUUUCAUAUUUUAAACUUAAAAUAA